AUGGCGGUGGGGUUGGCCAACCUAGGGAGGUGGCGGAUGCGUGUGCAGAGCCGGAAGGUCCUCCACGGAGGAAUAUCACCCGAUGCUGGCAAUGAUAAUGAUGGGAAGGGUCAUUCGGAGGUGGAAGAGGAGCCGGCGGUGGUAGAGAAGAUGACGAAGAAGGUGACCCAGUUCCUCACCUUCCCCUCUCUUCGCCCAUUAACCUACACACCUCCUCCCACCACUUCUCCCCCCUCUUGCUUUGCCUCACUUUUCCUCGGACCAUCGGUUGUGAUAGGGGGGCUGAUCGACUCAGUCACCGCUAUCGUGGAGCCAGCCCUGAGGCAUGCGAACGUGCUCUUCUUCAAGUUGGGCUACAACAUCCAGAUCGUAGUGGACAAGGGCAAACUGGAGGAGGCUCCUGUGCAGCAGUUUCGACGGAAGGUGGCCAAGGCGGUGUGA